AUGGCUAUUCGUUUGCCCAUUGCUCCUGCUAAACAAAGUCUCCCUCGGUCUGUUUCCGGCGCCUAUAAAGCUGCUUCAAGGUCCUUAGAUGUUCCAAAAGGUUUCCUGGCAGUUUACGUUGGGGAACCUGAGAAGAAGCGAUUUGUGGUUCCCACAUCCUAUUUGAAACAGCCUUCAUUUCAAGAUUUGCUACAUGGAGCUGAAGAGGAGUUCGGCUUUGAUCAUCCAAUGGGAGGAUUGACGAUUCCCCGCGCAGAAGAUACUUUCCUUGAUGUCACUACUAGCUUGAGUAGAUAA